UCCCUCUCUCUCUCUCCCCCCAUUUUCUGCGCUCCUAUUGCGGCAUAGGCCGCAUGGCCUUAGCAAACUUCUCGGCGAACAAAGGCCUCGCUGGUUACACAAUCUCGCUUUUGUGGUUUGGCGUGGAUUGUUCUCGUCGUCUUAUUGAAAUCAAUCGAAGCAAUUAAUGGCUCCUUCUCAGCUCCCACUCUAAAACCCUUUCAAUACGUAAAACCCAGGUACCCUUUUAAUGAUUUUGAGAAGGCAAGCAAUCUGUCAAUGGAGCUUUUUUCGUCCUCCCAUCGUCCGCCUAUUAACUUGCGUAACAUCCACAGCCCAAAACUUGGACCUGCAGUGUGAAAAUAGUCCCCAACCACCACCAUUGCAGCGCCAGAACCAGCCACAGGACUCCAAUCAGAAUUUGCUCAAUCGGGUAUUUUCUAUUCUCAGAAACCCAUCACUAGACACUUCGAAGUGCAAAACACUUAUUCCUCAUUUAUGCCCUCACGAGUUUGAACGGGUGUUUCUAGCUGUUGGGCCAAAUGUGAACCCCUACACUGCUCUUGCUUUCUUCAAGUAUGCAUCUGAAUCUUGUAAGUUUCGGUUCACCGUUCUGUCUUAUUGUAUCUUGAUUCGUUUGCUUGUGGUUUCGAAUCUCAAGGAUCCCCCAAGAUUGCUUUUGAUUCGUUUGAUUGAUGGAAAGAUGCCGGUUUUGAAUGUGAGAAACCCCAGGGAUUGGCACCUUGAGAUUGCCGCUGCAAUGGCGGAUUUGAAUGAGUCAGGUGGUGGGGUUAUUGAUAUGCUUAUACAUGUUUACAGCACCCAAUUCAGGAAUUUGGGGUUUGGUAUUGCUAUUGAUGUGUUUAGGCUUCUUGCUAGUAGGGGAAAGUUUCCAUCGUUGAAGACUUGCAAUUUUUUGUUGACUUCUUUAGUGAAGGCUAACGAGUUAAACAAGAGUGUUGAGGUAUGGGAGAUAAUUUACCAUUGUGUUUCUCCCGAUGUUUAUUUGUUCAGCACUGCUAUUAAAGCAUUUUGCAAGUUGGGAAGAAUUGAAGACGCCCUGGGGUUGUUUUCAAAAAUGGAGCAGUUAGGUGUUUCUCCUAAUGAAGUUACAUACAAUGUGAUUAUUGAUGGACUAUGUAAGAAUGGGAGAUUGGACGAGGCAUUUGAGUAUAAAAUCAAGAUGGUGAAUAAUGGUGUAGAAUUGUCUCUCAUAACAUGUAGUAUCCUUGUUAAUGGUUUGGUGAAGUCAGAAAAAUUCGGUGAAGCCUAUCUCAUGUUGAAGGAAAUGUCUGACAGGGGUUUUGUACCCAACGAGAUUGUAUAUAACACAUUGAUUGGUGGAUUUUGUAAAAAGGGUAAUAUUGGUGAUGCACUUAAGAUAAGGGAUGAUAUGGUAUCCAAGGGUAUAAGUCCUAAUUCAGUUACUUAUAAUUCUCUUAUACAGGGAGUUUGCAAGAGUGAUCAAGUGGAAUAUGCUGAGAAGCUCUUGUUGGAAAUGCUAUUGAAAGGUUUACCAGUGAACCAGGGUGCUUAUUCUUCGGUAAUUAAUUUGUUAUGUGUGAAGUAUAAAUUUGAUUCUGCACUACAUUUCAUGAAGGAGUUGUUGGCCAGAAAUUUAAGGCCCAAUGAUAAGUUGCUAACCAUGAUUGUUGGCGGGCUUUGUCUGAAUGGAAAGCAUUCAGAGGCAACUGAGCUAUGGUUUAAACUGUUUGAGAAAGGGUUUACAGCUAAUAUAGAAACUUCAAAUGCUCUAAUUCAUGGGCUCUUGCAGGCUGGUAAUAUUCAAGAAGCUGCUAGGAUGGUUAAGGUGAUGCUUGAGAAGGGUAUAAUAUUUGAUAGAAUCACGUACAACACACUCAUCUGGGGAUGUUGCAAAGAUGGGAAUGUGGAGGAAGCGUUUAAAAUUAAGGAAGAGAUGUCUAAGCGAGGGAUUCAGCCAGACAUUUAUACUUACAAUAGACUAAUUAGUGGGCUGUGUAAGGUGGGUAAAAUAAAAGAAGCAUUUAAACUUUUGGGCGAAUGCAAAAGAAAUGGUCUUAAUCCAAAUGUUCAUACUCUUGGACCGAUAUUAGAUGGCUACUGUAAUGCUGGUGAAGCUGAAGAGGGUGAGAGACUAUUCAAUGAGUGGGUUAAGAGUAUGAAACUGGGGCCCAAUUCUGUUGUUUAUAAUACACUUAUCAAAGGAUACUCUAAAAGUGGGAAUAUGACGGCAGCCUUCAGACUUCGUGAUGACAUGAGAAUCAAAGGAAUCCCUCGCACUGUUGAAACAUAUUCUUCUCUAAUAAAGGGCAUGUGCAGCAUCGGGCUUGUUGAGGAUGCAAAUACCCUUUUUGAUGAAAUGAGGAAGGAGAAUUUGUUGCCAAACGUGGUAUCUUAUACCAUAGUUAUUGAAGGUUACUGUAAGCUGGGCCAGAUGGAUAAUGCUAGAUGUUCCUGGGAGGAAAUGUCUUCAUGUAAAAUAAGCCCUAACCAAUUUACCUACACUGUCAUGAUUGAUGGGUACUGUAAACUGGGUAACAUGAAAGAAGCUAAAAAGCUUCUAAGUGAAAUGGAAGAAAAUGGAGUUGCCCCAGAUAUUGUUACUUAUAAUGCCUUAAUAGAUGGAUUUAGGAAAAAAGGGAAAAUAGAGGAGGCUUUAAAAGUGUAUGAUCAUAUCCGCAGUAGGGGUGUUGCUACUGAUGAAAGUACAACUACCUUAUUGACUCCUGGGUUGCAUGAGCCAUUGACACAUACAACUCAAGAUUGAUCAGGAACUUCAAAAAGGCGAGGUAAAUCCAGAGCAGGGACAGCAUCCUCUUGCCUUCAUUUCCAACUUAUUGUUGGACUUAAGAGUUCCUGUCAGGCGUGUUGCUUGUAAACUAUGGGAUGGUGAUUUUCAGAGUUUUCGCACACCAAUGUUUGACAGAAGUGUUGCUGUUGCAUGGUGGAACAGAAGAAUGGGCAGGGGAUCACAGUUGGGUAUAAACUCAUGGUCGAGGCUGGCAGAUAUCAGGUGAUAAAUACAGAUGCACCCAGCCACCCACACGAACAGAGAAAGAUGCAUGUCUACAUACUUGCAUUAAUGCAUUCAUGUGUUCAGUGAAGCAUUGGUUAUGCAAAAGUGCUGAAGGUGGAAGAGGCUUUUAAAGGAUAAAGAGGAACAUCUUUGGAUGAAAUCACUCGUGCAUUAAUUCACGGGUGGAAUUGGUUAUCAACAGCGCAAUCAAGAUUGAUCUGGAAACUUUGAAAAGGCAGGGAUUGUAAUGAUAUAGCUGGACACAGUUCUCCUGCUACUCUACCAAUGUGGAACCUGAUAUCGAAUUCCAGAGGUGCACUGCUUUUUGGUUGCUGAGACAAGCUGUUCCUAGUUCGUUAGAUGGUGCUAUUUCACAGUAAUUUUCACCUUAUGUGUUGAGACUAAGGUUGUAAUUUUUGGACGGACCAAUAGAGAAGCUUGUUAGAGAACGAGUGCCUUAACACGUGCCAAUGUGUCAUUGGCUAACCCAGAAAGUCUCGACUACCACGGCUAACUUGCGAUUGCAGAGGUUUUAAAGGCGGUGAUAAUUGUCCCCGGGAUUGAAAAUGGAAAAGCUGCUUAAUCACAUAAAGGUAGAGUCUUGCUCUUGCAUGAAAAGAUAGAGGAUUAAAAUAGUGGAGGAUAAGAGCAUCCGAUAGU